GAAUGACAUCAUGUCAAUUCGCUGAAGUAUAACGCAUUUUCACCAAGAAAUUUCGUAUAAAUAGGCCGUGAUGCAAUCUCAAAUGACACCCUUUCAAUUUCCUUCGUACUUUUCUUCUGUGAACAAUUUUAGCGAUAAACAAUCAUCCAGUUCAAAAAUUCCGACCAUACUAUUUUGAGUUGAAUAUUAUUGCAGACGCUUUGUCAAUUAAAGGCGGUUGCGGAGUCUUCACAAAUAAGAUUCGACUUGGCAAUUUAGCACAUUUAACAUGUGUGAUUUACGGCAUCGGCGCUUUUCUCAGUCAGGAAUAAUGAUCCAAUUUCUUUUAUUGGUCCUUGGAUUCCUUUCGAUUUCCAAUGUGGAGGGGAAUUUCUUCCCGAAGCCCUUCAACAUCUUUCUAUAAGCAGGCCAAAGUAACAUGGCCGGAAGAGGAGGGAUACAUGGAGGCGUUUGGGACAUGAUUGUGCCGCCUGAGUGCCGGCCUGAUCGAUCUAUUCUUCGGCUCUCCGCCAACUAUAUAUGGGACGAAGCACGCGAGCCAUUGCACAAGGAUAUAGACGUGCAAAAGGUUUGCGGAAUCGGCCCGGGAAUGCCGUUUGCUCACUCAGUACUGCGGAGGGACCAUUACAUAGGGCACAUCGGCCUGGUUCCUUGCGCUAUCGGAAAUACAAAUAUAAGCAUGUGGGAGCGUGGCACUGACAAUUACAACCGGCUAAUUUAUAGAGCUAGAUUCGCCAUGAAGAGUGGAGGAUUUAUCAGGGCUCUUUUAUGGUAUCAAGGUGAAAGUGACACUGUAUGAAGCUGAUGCUCGUUCCUACGGAGAGAAAUUGAAGAAAUUUUUCAUAGAUGUUCGGGCUGAUUUGAUUUCGCCGUUGCUUCCUAUUAUUCAGGUGGCUAUAAUUUCUGGCAAUAACACAAAAAAUAUUAACAUUGUACGGCAAGCACAAUUUGGAACUAGACUUCCAAACGUGCGAUGUGUUGAUCCCAAAGGCCUCCCAGUAAAAGAGGAUCUGCUCCAUCUUACAACUCCAUCCCAAAUCAAGCUAGGACAAUGUUGGCUGACAGUUUUUUCAGGGUUUCCCCACACCCAGUUCCAGGUAAAUGUAAUGCUUCAUAAAUUAAUUUUGUUGGGGAUUUUUUAGCUAUUUAAGUUUGAGACUUUGUUAUCUAGUUGAAAUUUCUCAACCUCGGUGUAAUAUUACAACCUUAGAAUGUAAUAUUCGAGUUACUGUUAAUUUAUUUAUUAUUGCUUUUAUGUUUAGCAGGAAAAGGGAACGAUUUAAAAGCAUGACAACAAGGUGGUCAAGUAGUGGCCUUGUCCGUUAUAGCUAGUCUGAUCCUGGCCCGUAAUUUUAUGCUAAAUAAAUUGUAAUAUUUUGAUGCUAUAACCUUGCACUAAUAUCAUAAUUACUAGAUCGUGUACUCCUCCGUCCCAUAAUUAUUGUCGAGUUUGGGUUAUCAUUUUUAAUUCAAAUUGUACUAAAAAUGAAAUCUCAAACUGGACAAUAAUUUUUAGAUAGAGGAAGUAAUUUUUAUUAUGUAUUGAACUUUUCCAUACUUGCAAUAUCGUAAAAAUAUGCCGUAAUAAUUUACCCUCUAUUGUGAUUCCUGCUUGAAUAUUUUGAAAUUAUAGAACUAGAGGGACGUCCAAUCUUCGAGUAUUUUAGCGCAGCCAUUUGUAGGCUUUCUUGGUAUUUAUUGGAUUCAUUAACAUUGUACCCGGUA